UUCACCAGCCUUGGCACAGAUGUGGAGGAACAAACAGAGUGAGGUGGGAUGCCAGCACCAAGCCCUUUGUGUGCAUGUGUGUGCGUGUGUGUGUGUUUGUGUGGGUUAUAUAACGACUCCCUUCACCACCUCUUUCAGUUGCGGUGCUCUUAGUUCAGCAGUGGAAACUCUCUUUGCUGUACGGAAAACUGCCGUUAUUGUGGUGGAAGAUGAUGGGUAUCCUACAGUUUUUUUGUAUGCUCCUCUUUUUCUCGCUCGUGGCUGCCGCUCCUCCAGGUCCUGUGGUGGACGUGGACUCAAAUGACCCUGAAGUGCAGGCCUGUGCCUCCUUUGCACUGGAAGCCUUCAAUCAUUUCAACCAGGACCCCCACCUCUACGCCAUCACCAAGUUCACCUCCGUCAAGAGGGCCAACAUUGGUGGGGGUAUGUAUGACAUAGAGGUAGAGGUGGGGAAGACUAAGUGUCUGAAGGAAAGCAAUGCAGAUCCCAGCUCUUCCUGUGCCGUGAUCAAUCCUGAAGCCAAGGUGCAACAUUGCCACUUUAUUGUCCUGAGUGCUCCAUGGAAACAUCAGAGGACCCUAAUCCAGAGUUCCUGUGUGGCUCCAUGAUCCAGACUAGACCCAAGCCCAAUCACUACACCCAAAAUGUCUCAAGCUCUUACAAUUCUGCUUUUCCUUUUCUGUGCUCCUCUGACCACACACUGUUGGUUGUAUGGAACAGAACCCCCCCCCCCCCACCUCGCCCAGUAAUCACCCCAUUUCACCAAAAAGCUGAAGGAUGGCCACAUUAACAUGUAUCCUGUUUUUUUUUGGUGGUUUUUAUCUUUUCUUCAUGGAAAGAGUGGUUUCCUGAUUCUGUUAUAAACUGAUUCUUGAGAAUGCAA